CUUGAUACUCUACCAUGUGAGGUAGAGAUUUUUUUUGUGUGUCGCAAAUAUCUGAAUACGGAAUGUCGUUUGUUCCGGCAAUGACCAACCAAAGAAUUCAGAACAUUAAUGAAGAUAGUGGCAAAAUUUUCCUCUCCAGCCAAAGGAGAUCUGGAAGGAUAGACACGUUCACUCCGAUAAACGAAGAGGAUGGAAGCGGAGAUGCAUUCAUUUCAAACCGUCAUUUGUUGUUGUCUGGAGAUUACGUGCACGAGAGUAAUUGGAAACCUUGCUUGCGUAACGUGAAGACCGUCAUUCUGGUGAUAAUAUGGAUCGUCUGCAGUUGUACGCUGAUGGUGAAGAACGAGAAGAUCCACGUGAAGCAUCACAUAAGUAUUCCUCAGAACUCCACUAAAGGCUAUAUAAUUAAUGAGCCGAUAAUUAGUGAUAAGGUGUCGAUCAGUUUGGAGGGUGCUUUGUUGCCGCAGUAUUACGCCAAUCUCUCCAUUCACAAUAUGCACGUUUGGGUACAGCUGAUCAAAACUUCGUACAGGCCCACCAAUGUUUCGAGUUUGAAAGGAUCGGACAUCCUUCUAGUCAAAAACGUCUCGGAAGUUUGGCAGGUGCCUACGGUUUCCGGAAAACUGAUCGGAACCGUCCCGGAAGUCGUCCACAACAAAGUCUACAAAUUGUACGACAUCGAAGACCGCGAGAACUACUCGCACUACUACCUCAAGGUCAAACUGAAGACGAAUUUGAAGACGAAUUUCCCAAUUUCCUUCUCCUACAACGUCGAACCAAUAAACGAAGAUCACGGUAUACUGUAUGCAGCUGGAUUGCUCAUUUUACUCUACAUCCUCAUGAUCUUCGAGGUAAUUCAUAGAACUUUAGCUGCGAUGUUGGUGAGUACGAUGGCCGUGGCCACUUUGGCUGCGUUGAACGAUAGACCCACCAUGGCUGAACUCGUCUCUUGGAUCGACAUUGAGACUCUCCUCCUGCUCUUUUCCAUGAUGACCAUGGUCGCAAUCUUCACGGAAACGGGUAUUUUCGAUUACCUUUCCGUCUUGGCUUUCAAGCUAACUGGAGGAAAGGUUUGGCCUUUGAUCAACACCUUAUGCUUCUUCACGGCUUUGCUCUCGUGCUUCUUGGAUAACGUAACCACGGCUUUGCUGAUGACUCCAGUUACCAUAAAAUUAUGCGAAGUGAUGAAACUGAAUCCAGUCCCGGUCUUGAUCAACAUGAUCGUUUACUCCAACAUAGGUGGCGCUUUGACACCAAUCGGAGAUCCUCCGAACGUGAUCAUAGCUUCGAACGCGGCCGUCAUUAAAUCCGGGAUAACGUUUUCGAUUUUCACUUUGCACAUGAGUGUAGGCGUAUUAUUGUCGCUGCUCGUUGUCCAUCUGCAAUUGAGGUUCAUGUAUCGAGAUGAGAACUCGCUGAGGGUUAAGGAACCUGAGGAUGUGCAGGGUCUUAAGCGAGAGAUCGCUGUUUACCAGAGGACGGCUGCAUCGGUGAGCAGCUACAGCAAGGACGAAGACAUGAUCAAGGAGUCAUUGCUGAAACGCACCUCAAGAUUAAUAGGAAAACUGAAGACGAGGAAUUGUAAAAUGGAUGAAAACCCCAUCGAGAAACACUUGGAUGUUAAUAUUAAAGAUUUAGAAGCUCAGUAUCCGAUUAAAGAUAAAGUGCUUUUGAUCAAAUGCGCUUUCACUUUAUUCUUCGUCAUCACGGUUUUCUUCAUGCAAACCAUACCGGCUUUGAGUAAGUUGGGUUUAGGUUGGACCGCUUUGUUGGGAGCUCUACUAUUGCUUAUUCUAUCCGAAAGGGAUGAUAUCGAAGCAAUGCUAGCCCGAGUCGAGUGGUCCACUUUACUGUUCUUCGCAUCGCUCUUCAUCUUGAUGGAGGCUUUGUCUCGAUUGGGUUUGAUGGAUUGGAUUGGGCAAAUAACCCAUAAUAUUGUUAUGUCCGUUGGGCAGGAGUCGAGGUUGACUGUUGCGAUCCUUCUGAUCCUGUGGGUUUCUGCAAUUGCUUCGGCGUUUGUGGAUAAUAUUCCGUUGACCACUAUGAUGAUCAGGAUUGCUACCAGUUUGGCCGAUAACCACGAGCUGAAUCUUCCUUUGCAGCCGCUGAUUUGGGCUUUGUCCUUUGGAGCUUGCCUUGGAGGUAAACUUGAAUGUUUUCUUUUCUUUCGUAAAAUAUGUAAGGAUAAUGUUUCAGGUAAUGGAACCUUGUUCGGUUCAUCGUCGAAUAUUAUCUGCGCUGGGGUCGCAGAGCAACAUGGAUACAGGUUUUCCUUCUUAGAAUUCAUGAAGGUUGGUUUUCCAGUUACUAUUAGCAGUUUAAUAGUAACGACCAUUUACCUGUUGAUUGCGCACGUCUUCUACACUUGGCAUUAAAGUUGUCAAUUUUAACAUGUUAUACAUUUAUAUUUAGAGUUAUUGUGAUUAUCGAACCGCUGAUACUUUCUUUGUUUGCUGUUGUUUUAAAGUGGUCUCGAAUUCAUUAUAUUUUUUAUACAAUAAAAAAAAUCUAAACAUUUUUAACAA